AUGUCCUCUUCAUCAUCAACUUCCUUUUCACCGGACCAGCAACAACAGCAACAGCUCUCUCCUUCCGACCAGCUCUGUUAUGUUCAUUGCAAUUUCUGUGACACUGUUCUCGCGGUGAGUGUUCCUUGCACAAGCUUGUUCAAGACUGUUACAGUCAGAUGUGGUCAUUGCACCAACCUUCUCUCCGUUAACAUGCGCGCUUUGCUCCUUCCUGCUGCUAAUCAGUUUCAUCUUGGACACAACUUCUUCAAUCCUCAAAAUCUUAUGGAGGAGAUUCGAAAUGCACCUUCAACAAACAUGAUGAUGAAUCAGCUUCCGAAUCCGAAUGAUUUGAUGAUGAACACAAUGAUGAGAGGAGGACAUCAUGAAGAAAUCCCUAAACCUCCUCCAGCGAACCGACCUCCGGAGAAGAGACAGAGAGUUCCAUCUGCUUACAACCGCUUCAUUAAGGAUGAGAUUCAACGUAUCAAAGCUGGAAAUCCUGAUAUAAGUCACAGAGAGGCUUUUAGUGCAGCUGCAAAAAAUUGGGCCCACUUUCCACACAUUCAUUUCGGACUUAUGCCUGAUCAUCAACCCGUGAAGAAAGCUAAUGUUCGUCAGGACUCAGAGGACGUGAUUAUGAAAGAUGGGUUUUUCACACAAGCAAAUGUAGGUGUCUCUCCCUACUAG